AUGAACGCCGCGUUAUCCGGCGCCGCCCUCGGCGCGCGUCUUCCCGCGAUUCGCGCGUCGAAAACCUUCGGGCGGCGCGAGGGGUCCGUGUCGCCAAUCCAAACUCGAAUCUCAGCCCUCGAAACGGCGCAUCACGGCAGGGUCACCGAGAGCACCCCUCCGCCGCCGCCGCAUGUUGAGAAAACCGUGCGCGUCGGCGUCGCUCGCGUUCCGUCCGACAUCUACGCCGCGAACAAGGUCGCCCCCGACAUCGCCGCCGUCUCGAGACUCGGCGCCGGCGAGAUCUCGGAUCCGAGGCUGCUGCUGCGCAGAGCGCUGCCGUUCGUCCUGCCGGAUUCGCACCCGCUCGCCCGCGUCGAGGACUCGCUCAUGGAGCACGCCGGCGAGGUGAAAACCCGCGGCAUGGGCUCGCGCUCCAUCUCCAACGAGGCGCUCGUGGAGAACCUCGAGGCGCAAGCCGCGCCGGGCCGGGGCCAAAGAGCCUCUUUAGCCGCCAGACGAGCCGUCGCGACGAUCAGAUCCGAACGUGACGCCCUCGUCUCGUUCGCCGUCGCCGCCGGCAACGGCGCCGUCGCCGACGACAUCGUCGCCGAGCUCGACGACGUCCUCCAGUCCAUCGUCGACCGGUCCGAGGCGACGACGACCGCCGAGACGACCGAGCGCCAAUCCGAGAAGAAGCUCGAGCUGGACUUUGAGCGCGCUUUGCUGCUCGUCGCGAGGCUGCAGGCGUGCGGCGCCGACGCGCCCGCGUUUCCCGUCCCGCCGAGGGACUCGCCCGUCCCCGGCGCCCCGCCCGGCGUCGUCAUCCCGCGCGACGCGAUGCCCCUCAACCGCCGCGCGUGGGUCGAUCUCACGGUACGUAAGGCGAAGACGGGGGAGAAAAUCGUCGUUCGCGUCGCCGUUGACGGCUUCAACGCCCCUUACGCCGCGGGUCGGUUCAUGCAGCUCGCGGAAACCAACGGGUUUAAACGAAUCGACCGAGCCGACGGCUUCAUCGUGGCGUUCGGCGAGGACGUCGGCACCCCUCGGCACCCCUCGGCCUCAACGCCCCUGCCGCUCGAGGUGAAGCUCGCGGAUGACGGCAAGUCGGAGCCUCCGCUCUACGGCGUGAGCGUCGACGACGCCGGGGCGAGGAACGCUCGCGUCGAGCUCCCGUUCAACGCGUACGGCACCCUCGCCAUGUCGCACUCGGCGGACGACGUCAACGACGGCGCGACGCAGUUCUUCUUCCUGACGAAGGAGAGCGAGGUGACGCCCAGCGGGACAAACGUGCUCGACGGUCGGUGGAGCGUGGUCGGGUACGCCGUGGACGGCGCGGAGGGGCUGGCGGACUUGAACGCGGGCGACGUCAUCGAGUCCGUGCGCGAGACGAAACGCAAAAAAACCGUCGAUGGCGGUCUGUCGGUGCCCGAUUUGGCACUCCGAAUCUCGCGCGGUGGAUUCUUCCAGGUCCCUUCCAUCAAGUCCCGGUGCCUGGGCGAAGAGGCGCGCAGAGGGACGUCGCACGGCCGCCCCGAGCGCGACGCACCGUGUCUAUCGGCAGGCACAACCGCCACAGGCGCGAGCCGCCGGAGAGUCGCGCGGUGUCGAGCGCGGGGAGGAUGGUCUCCAGCCUGUUUCGCUCGGAUAAGUCCGGCAACCCCGCCUACAUCCUCGUCGAGAAGGUGCGCGAUCCGGACCCUGACGGCCACCAGCGAUGUCCUCAGGGAGCCCGACUGGGGCGUCAACGUCGACAUGUGCGACCUGGUCAACUCCAACUUUCACCGCUACGGCAAGGACACCGUCAAGGCGCUGCGAUUGAAGCUCCAGAAGAAGACCAAGCCGCAGACGCAGUACUUGGCCCUCGUCGCGCUGGAGAUGUGCAUGAAGAACUGCGGGGUCAUGUUCCACGCCAAGGUGAUCGAGAAGGCGUGCCUGGACGAGACCACGAAGUGCGGCGCGCAACGGGGGGGCGACGCGCGCGUCAAGCAGAAGGCUCUCGCCCUCGUCCAGGAGUGGGCGCUGCAGCUCCAACUGCCGCAGUACAGAGCCGCGUUCGACGAACUGCGCCGAAAGGGCGAGCGCUUCCCGCCCACGGAGCUCACGUCCGCCGAGGUGACCCCGAUGUACACCCCGCGCCCGAACCGCGUGGACAUCGUCGAGCAGAGGCUCGCGCAGAUGGACCCCGCCGACGCCGCCGCCGUCAGAGCCGCCGUCGCCGAGGCGGAGGCGGAGGUGGAAGCGGAGGAGCGCCGAAUGGGGACGCGAUCGCCGAGGGUGUCAAACGGGUUUGCGACGUCGCCGGGCGGCGGGUCGACGCCCGUGGGGUCCCCGCCGGGGACCCGGGGGUUUCGGGUGGGAUCGCCGCCCGGAUCGAGCGCGCGACCCGCCGCGCCCCCCCGGGGCUACGAGGCUCUCGACGAGGACGAGCCUUUCCACGGAACCGCCGAGCGGAACGGAACCGCCGAGCGGACGUACUCGGACGGCAACCCGUACGGCACCGCCGGGGGUGGGCACACGUCAAACCCGACGCCGCGCAGCCACCACGCCCACUACCCGGUGAGUCACCGGCCGGAGCUCCAACCGCCUGCCGCGGAUGCGUCUGCGCUGGGCGACGUCACGUCGCCCGACGCGGUGAAGAAACUUCACGAAGAUCUCGACGUGGCUUCCAAUACGGUGAAGGUUCUCCGGGACAUGCUCGGAGAGGUGGACGUGGUGACCUCUCCCGAGGCGCUGAACGACCCGACGAUCGACGAGCUCUCGGAGCAGUGCGCGCAGAUGCGCCCCCGCGUCGUCUCGCUCGUGCAGAGCGUCGCCGACGAGUCGCUGCUGAUGAAGGCGCUGAGCCUCAACGACGAGCUGUCGGAGGUUGCGCAGAAGCGGGACGCGCUGAGGGCGGCGGCGUCCGCGGACAGGGACACGCGCGCGGCGAUCGUGGCGUCCAUGCGCGAGGAGGAGGCGGCGGCGCAGCGACACGCGUCGGCCGGAGACGCCUCCGGAGGGGCUCCGGUUGGCAACCUCGUGGAUCUCCUCGGCGGAGUCUCCGUCGACCCGGGCACCGACGCCCGCCCGGGGAAGGACAAGGCGGCGCCGGGACGUGCGGCGGCGGCGGGACGUGCGGCGGCGGCCGAUCCCUUCGGGCUGGCGGCGGCUGACGCGCCGGUCGACCCGUUCGACGUGUCGGUCACGGUGGGCGACGGCGGAAACGUCCGGGGGAGACCGGGCGCUUCCAACCCCUUGGACGAGCUCCUCGCGCCCCCGCCGCCCCCCCCGCAGGUGUACGACCCGUUCGCCGCCUCCGCCGGCGUCGACCCCGCGUCGACGCCGCCGGCGGGCGGCUCGCACCAACCGGCGAACUAUUACCCCACUGUCGCUGGAACGGCGAGGGGGGGCGGUGCGGUGUCCGAUCCUUUCGCGAGCGCCAACCCGUUUGCGAGCCGUCCGCCGGGGGCUUCGCCCAUGGGCGCCAUGAGCGUCAACCCGUUGUUUCAGGCGCAGCAGCAGCCGCAGCAACCGGCGUCGAGCGGGGGUAUGGGUUCGCUGCCGCCGGCGAUUGGCGCGUCGCAGGCGCCCUACGAUCCGUUCGCCGCGUCGCCGCCGCCGCAGCAGCGGGGGGGAAGCAACCCCUUCGCGCGCUGA